UAAAAUUAAUACAGACAUGAAGGAGAUACUACUGCUUUUUGGGUAUUUUGUGUUUGCACAAGCUAAAGAUUUUAUUAACCAUGCAAACCAGGUUCUCUUGAAUCAAGGCACUAUUCUUGGAGAACUCGAUGUUUUGAAGAAGGAGUACUCUGUCUCUUUUAAUAUUUUUCCUAAAUCGUACACAAAUGGUUGGAAAAGUGUUCUUCAUUUAACUCAGGGCAAAGAUUUUGGAGAUUAUGGUGAUAGAAUUCCAGGCGUUUGGUUUAAUGAAGAUAGCUCAGGAAAACUUGUCAUUUAUACUGCGCUUAGAGGCUAUAAUGACUUCAAUGUUAAAACAGAUCCUCUUCCUUUAAAUCAAUGGACUAAUGUUAAAAUAGGUCAAAGAAUGCGUGAUAAUACUUAUUGGUUUUAUGUUUAUUUAAAUGGAGUCAUGAAUCAUAUUAUUGAAAACAUUGAUGCUAGAGAUUUUAAAAACGUAAAGGUAUAUGCUUCUGAUCCUUGGUACGCUGCCCAAAAUGGUCUUAUUUCUAAUAUACUCAUUGUUAAUGGAAACGUUGAAAACAUCGUUGGCAUUAUCCCUUCUGAAUUAGAAAAAGGAAAACUAAUUGCAGAGAUACCAAAGUUUAGUAAGGAGUAUUUGAUUUCCUUUAAUGUCUAUCCAAGUACGUUUGUUACUGGUCAACAUAGUGUUAUUCAUUUUUCAAUUGGUUCUGAUUUGGGUCAUUACGGUGAUCGUGUUCCUGGUAUUUGGUUUAACGCUGAUGGAAAAGGUGGUCUCUACGUUUCUGCACCAAUUAAUGGUAAUUUUGAUAAUUUUUUUAUUACAAAUCCAUUUGAAUUGAAUCAGUGGUCUAACGUUGAAGUUAGUCAAAUUUUAAGAAACUCAGUUUAUGUAUACACAAUCAAAAUAAAUGAUGAAAUCGUCUUUUCUGAAAUAAAUAACCAAGUACAAAGUUUUGAUAAUGUAAAAGUAUAUGCAGCAGAUCCUUGGUAUGAUGUUCAAAAUGGUUUAAUAAAAAAUUUUUUUGUCGUCAAUGGUUUUACAAAUGAUGGAUUGCAGACAGUUAUCGUUCUACCUAAAGAAAAUAUUAUCCAUAAUAACCAGUUACACUUAAAUAAAAGCACUUUUAUUGGAUCACUUUAUGUUUUGAAGAAGGAGUUCACUGUCUCAUUUAAUGUGUUUCCUAAAGUUUACAUUGAUGCGAGGAAAGAUGUUAUUUCUUUAAGAAUGAAUGAAAUUUCAGUUUAUUAUAACAAAAUUCUAAAUGUUCGGUUUUUGUGGUCAGGAAAACUUGUAAUUGUAGCUCAAUUGAGUAAUAAAAAAUUUGAAAGUGUUAUAACACCUACCCUUCCUUUAAAUCAAUGGUCUAAUGUUAAAAUAUGUCAAACUAUGCGUGAAAAUAAGUAUUGGUUUUCUGUUUAUCUUAAUGGAGUCAAUGUUAAAGAUAUUGAAAAUACUUUUGCUAGAGAAUAUAAAAACAUAAUGGUAUAUGCUUCUGAUUCUGAAUAUUUGGCCGAAAAUGUUCUAAUCUCAAAUAUUCUCACUAUUAAUGGAAAUGCUGAUACUUUUGUUGGCAGUAUUCCUAUUGAAUUAGUAAAAGGAAAAUUAAUUGCAGAGAUACCAAAGCUUGAUAAAAAGUUUUGGGUUUCAUUUGAUGUCUAUCCAAGAGAAUUUGUUGUUGGCUGGCAUAGUGUUAUUCAUUUUACUAUUGGUUCUAAUUCGGCUCAUUAUGGUGAUCGUGUUCCAGGUAUUUGGUUUAAUGCUGAUGGAAAAGGUGGUCUUCAUGUUUCAGCACCCAUUAAUGGGAACUUGAACAGAUUUUUUAACACUAACCCAAUUGGACUAAAUCAGUGGUCUAACAUUGAAGUUAGUCAAGUGUUACGAAACUCAGAAUAUGUAUACACAAUCAGAAUAAAUAAAGAAAUUGUCUUUUCUGAAAUAAAUAACCAAGUUCAAAGUUUUGAUAAUGUAAAAGUAUAUGCAGCCGAUCCUUGGCAUGAUGUUCAAAAUGGUUUAAUAAAAGAAUUUUUUGUUGUGAAUGGUAUUACAAAUGAUGGAUUGCAGUCAGAUAAUGUUUCACCUGGAGGCAAAGCUUGAAAAAAGCGAGUUGAUGAUGUGAAAAAAUAUGAAACAAGCUCAAGUAAAAUUAUUUGGUGAUAAAAUCUACAUUUAUAUGUAAAUUUGUAUGAUUGUAAUAGUAUUGUUUAAUGAUAAAUAAAUUUUGUUUUA